AAACACGAAAAAUAUUGUUUAUAAGAAAUAUUAACUAAUAAUUGCACUGUUAUUACCAGCAACUAUAACCAGUAACAGUUGAAAUCAGUUAUGGACAAACAUAAUGUGGUCCCCGGUGUUAUCGAUACAGUUCCCAAAAAUAUAAUCAAGGUUCACUAUCCGAGUGGUGUUGACGUAAAUGUGGGCAAUGAGUUGACGCCACUGUCCGUCAAAGACGAGCCCACAGUCCAGUGGCCCACAGAAAAGGGCGUAUAUUAUACACUUGUGAUGACAGACCCGGACGCCGGAGCGCGGGCUGAGAUUAAACACUGGCUCGUCGUUAAUAUACCGGCCAAUGAUCUGUCAGCGGGUGAAACGUUGGCCGAAUACAGGGGAUCGGCGCCACCGGCUGCCGGUGCGCCCCAUAGAUAUAUAUUCCUGGUAUACAAACAACCCUCGGGUCGACUCAACCACUCGGAGACACCGUUGGCACCAAAUUCACGGGAAGGGCGCGGCUAUUUCAAAGUUAGGGAGUUUGCAAACAAAUAUAAUUUGGGCGAACCCUAUGCCGGCAACUUAUACCUGGCCAAAGGGGACGAGUACUCCGCGCAGAUUAGGGUUCAGUUAGGACUUCCCAAAUAAUCAAUUAAUUGUGAUAGAGAUGUUCCACGUUGUGGACACAGUUCCCAAAAAUAUAAUCAAGAUUCACUAUCCGAGUGGUGUUGACGUAAGUCUUGGCAAUGAGUUGACGCCACUGUCCGUCAAAGACGAGCCCACAGUCCAGUGGCCCACAGAAGAGGGCGCGUACUAUACGUUUAUAAUGACAGACCCGGACGCCGGAGCGCGGGCUGAGUUCAAGCACUGGCAUGUC